UAGUCAAUUGUUUAAGGCACAAAAAGAACAACCACCAGUUGAAUUGGUUACGCCCUUGGGGGGCACGUGGUCGUUCGGGCUUAUUUGACCCUAUUAUCCCACCGACCAACCGGAGGCCUUGUACCACAAACACUAACCAAACAAUACACCCAACCUGAGUCCUCAACGCUGAAUAGGAAUGAAAAGGCUCACCACUCGACACAGUUGACCGAACACCGGAUCCUCAAUGCUUAAAACGGACCCCGUACGCUAGCUACAUAACUGUGUGAAAGAUCACCCACCAGGGAACGUUUAAGAUGUCGCGAAGGGGUUGGAGUAUCGUAAUCGCCGCGAGUUGCCUUCUAACAACCGUAUUCUGUCAGCAGCAGAAUCUGAACGAAGCUUCAUUGAUUAAGACACUGUUACAAGAUUACACCCCAGAGUCAAGGCCCGUACUGGACUCAACUAACGCCGUCAGAGUGACCAUCGAUCUCGCACUCUCACAAUUAAUUGACUUGGAUGCCAAGCGACAAGAGCUGAAGACAAAUAUAUGGCUCAGACACUACUGGAAGGAUGAGUAUUUGACGUGGAACGCGUCUGAGUACAAUGGACUAGCAGCCAUCCGUAUUCCCAGUAACCAAAUAUGGAGACCAGAUAUUGUACUUUACAACAGGCGGUUCGAGGAGGGGUAUGCUGACACCCCGGACACAAACGCAGUGAUCUACAGCGAUGGGAGUGUCAACUGGAACUACCCUACCACAAUUCAGAGCUCCUGUGUAGUCGACAUCACGUACUUUCCAUACGACAAACAAGAAUGUCUCCUGACUUUUGGUUCAUGGACCUACGAUGGUUUUGCCAUUGACCUCUACAACAGAACAGGGGUAGGAGAUCUGAACAAUCUCAUCGAAAGCGAGGAAUGGCAGAUGAUCGAAAUGCAAGCAGUGCGGAACGUGAUCAUCUAUGGCUGCUGUCCGGAGCCCUACCCGGAUGUGACGUACCACAUCAGGAUUAAACGGAAGUCGCUGUUCUACAAUUUCUACAUGGUUGCGCCGUGCAUCGUGCUGGUCCUGCUGGCCGUGCUGGGGUUCUGCCUGCCGAUGGACUCCGGGGAGAAGCUGUCCCUCGGCAUCACCAUGCUGCUGUCCCUCGUCGUGUUCGCACAGAUCGUCAGCGACAAACUCCCGGCAUCCUCCAGGGCCAUCCCCCUCAUAGGUCAAUUCUUUGGGAUAAGUAUCGUGGUGGUGACCCUGAGCUCUGCGGCGACCGUCAUCGCCAUGAACCUGCACUUCCACGGCCCCAUGCCCCAGCUGAUCCCCAGCUGGCUCCGUCCACUUCUGUACAUGCGCAGGUGCAGGUCCAACAAGACCGCCAGCACCACAGAGAACCCGGAUCUGAAGACCGUGUACGAGAACGUCAACCCCGCCCUGGACCUGGGCCCGGUCAAGCCGCCCAAGAUCUCCUCCACCCCCGAGCCGAACGACAACCAACUCCAACCCCUGAGCAAAGACUCCAGCAACAGUGGCCGGAUCUUCCUCCUGCUGGACCGGAAGUUGGACUCCAUGAUCGCGCACCUCAAGACCAUCGUGGCCCGUCAUUACCGGAAGGACACGCGCGACGCCCGCAGCGACGAAUGGAAGCAGCUGGCCAUCGUCGUCGACAGGAUUCUGCUCGGCACUUUUAUGUUCAUCGCACUGGUCGCUACUGCUGUGCUGCUCGGGCCAUAUGCUGGCACCUAAUUCUUUUCAUUUAUUUCCACUCUCUUCCUUUUUUUCAUUAUCCCUCUUCUAAUUCUAACCUACUCUCCAAUCAGUGGUUUGGGCUUCCGUUUCGCAGAGGGAUACUGCUUUGUAGCAACCCAAAAGAUCUGCUUGGCGAUUAAUACUAACCAACUCCCUGGUAGAACA